AUGCUUGGAUCCCGUGAUGAUGAAGGACAUGAUGAUCCUCAUGACAUCCUCAACAGGAAGAUCCCUUCUGCUUUGCCCACUUAUCUGAACCUGUCUUUUGGUAUGGAGAAUCUGUCUUGCCAUAAUAUAAAAAUAUGGACUCAUGAGGAGGGUGAUGUGUUGUCAUUCAAGGUUGAAAUGCAAGUGAAGAUACCAUCACAUUUCGCUUUCUCCCUUUUGUCUGACUUCACAUUCCGCCAACAAUGGGACAAACAUUUCUUAACUUGUAAGGUCCUACAGGCUGUGAAUGAUGAUGAGAAAAUUUAUUACAUUACGUCUCCACCCAUGACAGGCCAUAAACCCAGAGACUUUGUGAUUCUUGUAUCUCAAAGACAACCCUCUAAGUCAAGUGAACCCUACAUAGUAGCUGUCAAGUCAGUUACCCUCACAUCUGUGCCACCUUCUUCAGAGUACUGCAGAAGUGAGAUUCUUUGUGCCGGCUUCCAGAUCUACAGUGACAGCAACAGCUCCUGUACAGUGUGUUACUUCAAUCAAGUGACAUCAGGUGUUAUGCCUUACUUAGCUACAAAUCUUACUGGUUCAUCAAAAUCCAUUGAAGACACUGCUUUGGCAUGUGUAAAGUUCUUGGAGCUAAAAGGCAGCGAACACUGA